CUCGGUCGGUAUACACAAUACCUGUUCUGUGCGGUAUAGUUACGGUGGCGCUACUCAUCAGGCGAGAGGAUGAUUUAAUAAUACGAGCUUCUUGCGUGUUACGAGCUCGAAUCGACAUGGCAGACACGGAAUCCCUCGAAAUAAUAAGAUCGAGAACCGGCUCCAGCAGAACAACGCCGGACUCGGCCGGGACGAAGAGAUCGUGCGACGAUUCGCUAAAAAGCUCGCGUUUAACCACAAACUCGACGAGCCGUUCCUAUGAAUUCUCAUUCCCCUCGGCGAUGUUCAGCCGGAAGCGGAAAAAAUUCGCCGAUUCGAGUACAGCAUCGGAGCAGAAUCGCCAGUCUCUCGGCGCGCGAUUCAAAUUCACGCUGACGCGAAUGAGAAAGGAGGAAUUCAGGAGACGCAUCGUCGAAUUGACCGUAAAACCGGGCGUAACAGACGCAGUUGAUGACCAGGCAAUUAGCGACGAAGAGGUAGCGGAUCGGUUUUACUACUAUUACAUUCGAAAUGGUCUGGAUACGCUUCACGUGGCAUCGAUCGAUUCGACGACUGUUGAGAAGAUACUGUCGCUGAUACCGGACAAGUAUCGGAGGAGCUUCGCGCAGUUCCUCGAGGAAUUGUUCGCACAGGUGAAGGAGGAGUUUGUGUGGACUCUGAAGAGAUCGAUCGUGGAUUUCGCUUUGCAGGAUCGUUACAGAAAUGAGGCGCCGGCGAAAGUAUUGGAGAUCGUUGAGUGCCUUGAAAGCGACUUCCCGCCGGAUUAUUUCAAAUACUACAUCUCGCGCAAGCGGAAAAUCAAGGAGAAUCUGAACUUGAUUAAUCCGUGCAUGAAGUCUUCUUGGAGCCACUGGAGCCGUGAAUUCAGGGACUUUCGAUUGAUCGAUCUGAAGAAACUGAAAGAGCAAAACGAAAGCUGGGACCUUAUGACCUUUCAAAGUACCAUCGACAAACAAGUUCAGAGCGCGGCGAGGCAUUUGAAAAUCAACUGGUUCGGCGGAAUACAAGAAAUAUUUCUGAUGAAUAACCGAAGAAAUCUCGUGCCUAGUCCACUGGAUUCGAAGCAAUUCAAUCGAUUCUUCAAUUGCAUUGCAAAGCUGAUGGAAUCUCAGCUUCUAACGAUUUUCAAAUCUAGUCUGCGAGAUUUUCUAUUGUACAUUUUCGACGUACAGCAAUCUAGUAACAGCUAUAAGCUCAACGUUAUCGUGAAAUCUAAAGAGAUACACUUUGAACCUCCUUUCCAAUACUUUAAGGACGUUAUUGGUAGCGUGCUCGAUGUAAUGUGCGAGGCAAUGAUGGGCUUUGAGAGGCUUGAAACUCAACUUUAUCUCGAUUGGUCUGGCCCUCGAACCCUGCUUAAACCAAACAUUUCCACGGCUAUUAUUGCCGACUACAAACGAAGAAUAGCUGAGCUUAUCGAGAAGCAAAAGGUCGAGCCGGAAUCGACGAUCAGUGAACUGCAAAAGUACGAGGAAUUUUUCAACGGCCACGAAUUAGAAAAAGUGAACGCUUUCGUACAGGACAAGAGCAGAACUUUCGAAGAGUACCGGGAAAAGAUAUACUACUACCGUGAUCUAGAGAACAAAGUCAUCCUCGAGAACGACAUAACGGUUUUCACGACUUUUUUCACGAUCGAUCGCAAGGAUUUUCUGCAAAUGGUAUCGAAUAAUGUGGAGUCGCUGAAAAUGCUUUUUCUCCGAGAGUUGGUUCUGCAAUAUCAAUCAAAAGCUAAGAGCGUGAGCGAAGAAUAUCAAGCGAUCACCGAGCACGCCGAGAGCUUUCCGCAAAAUACGGCCGCUCUGAUGGAAAUGAUCGAUUAUAUGAAAAAGGUCGAGGAUUGCUCGUUGAAAAAAUUAGAGAAUAAGCUGCGCGAGAUUCUGGGAAGCGUAAUAUUUUUAUCGGAUUAUUGGCUCAUGUCCGAGGAUGAGAUCUCCAGCAACAAUUCGGCUUUUCAAUGGUACCAUAAAAUGCCGGAGGUUCUGGAGAAUAGCAAAAUCACCAUCGAGAACAAGACCCAAGAGUUUCAAGAUGCUCUCAGAGCGAGAUACUUGAAAUUCGAGGACGAGCUGGAAAUGUACGCGAAGCAAGUCGAGGAGUAUCAGUACCUGGGCGACAUCGAGGAAAUAUUUCGGUAUCAGAAAAAGGCUCAGAGUUUGGAGAACAAGCUGAUAAGUGCCAUGGAAAAAAUCGAUAGAUUCAACGAGGAAGAAAAGGCCUUUGGCUGGGAGAAUACACAGUACCCUUUGCGAAAAGAAAUAGCCGACCGCUUAGCGCCCUAUAAAAAGCUCUAUGAUGUAGCUUGCGAUUUUCUAACAAAGUAUGAAAAAUGGACCAGCUCGACGCUCGGUAUUCACGAGCCCGAAGAUAUCGAGAACGAAGUGUCCACUGCGUUCAGAACGAUGUACAAGCUGGAAAAGAGCUUCCACGAGAGCGAGCCGCGAAAGCUCGCCGAAACGAUCCGCGAAAAUAUCGAGCAGUUCAAGGAGCGCAUGCCGGCGGUAACGACCCUCGGGAAUCCCGGAUUAAAGGAACGUCAUUGGCUGCAAAUCUCCGAGAUCGUGGGCCUUUCGAUCAAGUUCGAGGAGAAUUUGACGCUGAAAAGAGUGCUGGACAUGAAUCUGGAUAAGUACAUCGAUCAGUUCGAGAGCAUUUCCGAGGCGGCGAGCAAGGAGAGCACUUUGGAAAAGACGAUGUCGAAGAUGGAGAAGGACUGGCUCGACACGAGCUUCACGAUAACCCCUUACAAGGACUCCGGCACCUACGUCGUCGCCGCGCUCGACGACGUCCAGUUGACCCUCGACGAUCACAUCAUGAAGUCCAUGACCAUGAAGAACUCGCCCUACAUAAAGCCGUUCGAAGCGCAGAUUUUGAGGUGGGAGAGGAAGCUGCAGCUGCUGCAGAACAUUCUCGACCAGUGGCUGUCGGUCCAGGGCACGUGGAUGUACUUGGAGCCGAUCUUCACCUCGCCGGACAUCCAGCAGCAGAUGCCGGAGGAGGGCAAGAAGUUCUCCCUCGUGGACAAGACCUGGCGGGACAUCAUGAAAACGGUCGAGGCGGACCCGCGCGUCCUGUCGGUCAUCGAGAUCGAGAAGAUGCUCGAGAGGCUGAAGAAGAUCUUUGGCUUGCUCGAGCUCAUCCAGAAGGGCCUGAACGAGUACCUGGAGAUGAAGCGCCUCUUCUUCCCGAGAUUCUUCUUCCUGUCGAACGACGAGCUGCUGGAGAUCCUGUCCGAGACCAAGGACCCGACGAGGGUCCAGCCACACCUGAAAAAGUGCUUCGAGGGCAUCGCCCGGCUGACGUUCGACGAGGAGAUGAACGUGCGCGAGAUGCGCUCGGCCGAGGGCGAGGUGGUCGGCCUGUGCGACCUGAUCUCGACGGGGGCGGCGCGCGGUCAGGUGGAAAAGUGGCUGGUCGAGCUCGAGGCCGACAUGCGAAAGAGCGUGCGCGACAAAGUGUCGAGGGCGAUCUUUGCCUACCCGCAGAAGCCGCGCACCAGCUGGGUGCUCGAGUGGCCCGGGCAAACGGUCCUCUGCGUCGGCCAGCUCUACUGGACGCGGCAAAUCGAGCGGGCCAUGAUCGACGAGGGCUUGGCGGGCUUGAAGAGCUACUUGCGCCAGUGCCAGCAGGAGCUCAAGGACAUCAUACUACUGGUCAGGGGCAAGCUGUCCAAACAGAAUCGGGUUACCUUGGAGGCCUUGGUCACGCUGGACGUGCACGGAAAAGACGCGCUUGCUACUCUCUGCGACGAGGGGGUCGCGAAUAAGAACGACUUCAAGUGGCUCUGUCAGCUCAGAUACUAUUGGCAGGAGGAGGACAUGCAGACGCAGAUGAUAAACUCGAGCUUGCGCUACGGCUACGAGUACCUGGGCAACACGUCUCGCCUGGUGAUCACGCCGUUGACCGACCGCUGCUACCGCACGCUCUUCGGCGCCCUGAGUCUUCACCUGGGCGGUGCACCGGAGGGUCCUGCCGGUACCGGCAAAACCGAGACCACCAAGGACCUGGCUAAAGCCGUGGCGAAACAGUGCGUCGUGUUCAACUGCUCGGACGGAUUGGAUUACAUCGCGCUCGGCAAGUUCUUCAAGGGCCUGGCCUCCUGCGGCGCCUGGUCCUGCUUCGACGAGUUCAACCGCAUUGAUCUGGAGGUCUUGUCGGUCGUCGCCCAGCAGAUCCUGACGAUUCAGCGGGGAAUCAAUUCGGGCGCGGAGAAACUGCUGUUCGAGGGGAGCGAGAUAUCGCUCGACCCUACCUGCGCCGUUUUCAUCACCAUGAAUCCCGGCUACGCUGGCCGCUCCGAGCUGCCCGACAAUCUCAAGGCGCUGUUCAGGUCCGUCGCGAUGAUGGUGCCCGACUACGCUCUCAUAUCGGAGAACACGCUCUACUCCUACGGCUUCUACAACGGGAGACCGUUGGCAGUGAAGAUCGUCACCGCCUACAAGCUUUGCUCGGAGCAGCUGAGCAGCCAGUGUCACUACGAUUACGGAAUGAGGGCCGUCAAGUCGGUCCUCACAGCGGCGGGAAAUUUGAAGCUCAAGUAUCCCGAGGAGUCCGAGGACGUGCUUCUGCUGCGCAGCAUCAACGACGUCAAUCUGCCCAAGUUCCUCAGCCAGGACCUGCCGUUGUUCCGAGGUAUCGCCUCGGACCUAUUCCCGGGCGUUACCCUACCGGAUCCCGACUACACGCAUCUGAACGCCUGCACGCGCGAAGCCUGCGCCGCCGCGAACCUGCGGUGCACCGACUUCUUCCUGCGCAAAGUCCAGCAGAUCUACGAGAUGAUGAUCGUGAGGCACGGUUUCAUGAUAGUCGGCCUGCCGUUUGGCGGCAAGACGUCGGCCUACCGCAUGCUCGCCGACGCCUUGCGACUGCUGGAAGACAGGGGCCUCAUGAACGAGCACAGGGUGGAGAUUACGAUCAUCAACCCCAAGGCGAUAACGAUGGGUCAGCUCUACGGGCAGUUCGAUCCGGCGUCGCACGAGUGGAGGGACGGGGUGCUGGCGGUCAAGUACCGAGAAUUCGCCACUUCGACGAACGAGAACAGAAAGUGGCUGAUAUUCGAUGGGCCGGUGGACGCGAUUUGGAUCGAAAAUAUGAACACCGUGUUGGAUGACAACAAGAAGCUCUGCUUGAUGUCCGGAGAAAUCAUUCAGCUGGCGCCCACAACCAAUUUGAUUUUCGAGCCGAUGGAUCUCGAAGUCGCCUCUCCCGCGACCGUAUCCAGAUGCGGCAUGAUUUAUAUGGAGCCCGUUUCUCUGGGCUGGGAGCCGCUCUUGCUCUCUUGGCUCAAUACUUUACCCAACACCUUGACCGACCACCUAAGAAACUACCUGAAAGAGCUGUUUCUGCGCUUUUGUCCGGCUUUGCUGCACUUCAUUCGACGCUGCGGCGUGAAAGAAAUGAUAUCGAUGCCCGAUGCGAAUUUGGCGCGAUCGAUAAUGUACCUCUUCGACUGCCACUGCGACGACUUCCAGAGCGAAAAGUACGUCGAAAGCCUGUCGGAUUUGGAAAUGAGAGCUCAAAUCGAAGGCUGCUUCUUUUUUUCCUGCAUCUGGGCUAUGGGCAGCACCAUUCUCACCGCGUAUCGGCAGAGAUUCAGCGCAUUGUUUCGCGCUCUAAUGGAACGCGAAUUGCCCUCGGACAUAAAGGAGUCAUUCGGCUUGCCGGACGAGAUAACGAGCCCCCGGAAGCCAUACGUGACCCUUAUCCCAUCGGAGGGUCUAGUCCACGAUUACAAAUUCAUAAAGGAGGCCAAAGGAAAAUGGGUCUUGUGGUCGGAGGAUCUCCUGAACGAUCCGCCCAUCCCUCGGGACAUUCCGGUUAAUCAGAUAAUCGUCCCCACCGUCGAGACCGUACGCUACUUCCACCUGUUCAAAAUGCUCGUCGCUCAUCAAAAGCCGAUCCUGCUGGUCGGCCCGACCGGAACUGGAAAGUCUUCCUACAUCGCGGAGUUUCUGCUGAAAAAGAACGACCCCAACGUGUACACGCCUCUGUUCGUGACCUUCUCCGCGCAGACUUCGGCGAACCAGACGCAGGACAUAAUCAUGAGCAAGAUGAAUAAGCGGAGGAAGGGCACCUACGGAGCUCCGCCAGGCAUGCACUGGGUCAUUUUCAUCGACGACGUCUCGAUCCCGCAGAAAGAAGAGUACGGAGCGCAGCCGCCCAUAGAGCUUCUCCGACAAUGGCUGGAUCACGCGACUUGGUACGAUCGAAAAGACAUCUCCCAGAUACGACUCGUCGACGUACAGCCCAUUUGCGCGAUGCUUCCGCCGUCGAGCGGCAAAGACGUAACGCCGCGAUUCAAGCGGCAUUUCUUCACCAUGGCCAUAUCCGAAUUCGAGGACGACGUCAUGUCGACGAUAUUCAGCAAGAUCGUUUCCUGGCACUUUGAGGCGAGAGGCUUUUCCGAAACGUUCAAGCCCUACGUCAAUUGCGUCGUCAAAGGGACGCUAGACGUGUACAAAGAGACUUUGAAAUACCUCCUGCCUACGCCGUCAAAGUCGCACUAUUUGUUCAACCUGCGGGAUUUCGCGAGGGUCGUGCAGGGAAUAUUGCUGUCGCGGCCGGAAACGACGUCGGAUUUGAAUGCGUUGAAGAGACUGUGGGUGCACGAGAUACUUCGAGUUUACGGCGAUCGCUUGGUCGACGAAGCUGACACUGCUUGGUUGGUCGAAUUAAUUCGCAAAGUCUUGCAGAACAGGAUGGAGGAAAACAUGAACAAGCUUUUUGCCGAUUUCGUCGGCGAGCCCAACGUAUCGCUAUCGGAGUCGGACUUGAGGAACUUGAUAUACUGCAACUUUCAAGAUCCAUCGGCUGACACGAAGCUGUACAGGGAAGUGCCGAAUCUGGACGACCUUUCACGAGUAGUCGAGCAAUAUCUGCAGGAAUACAAUUCCAUAUCGAAGAAACCGAUGAAUUUGGUGCUAUUCAGAUUCGCACUCGAGCACCUCUCGAAGAUUUGCAGAAUCAUGAUGCAGCCGCGCAGUCACGCCCUUCUGGUCGGCGUCGGCGGUUCCGGUCGACAGUCCCUCACGCGACUGGCCGCCCAUAUUUCGGACUACGACCUGUUCCAGGUGGAAAUUUCCAAACUUUACGGGGUCAACGAGUGGCACGAGGAUCUGAAGGACAUCCUGAAGAAGACCGCAUCGUCCGAGCUUCACACGGCUUUCCUCUUCAGUGACGCUCAAGUCAAGGAGGAAUCCUUCCUCGAGGACAUAAGCAACCUACUGAACUCGGGCGAAGUGCCGAACCUCUUCGCUCCCGACGAGAAGGUCGACAUAUGCGAGAAGAUGCGGCAGAUCGAUCGGCAACGCGACAAGUCCCUGCAAACCGACGGCAGUCCGGUAUCUCUGUUCAACCUCUUCGUGCAGACGGUGAAGGAGCAGCUCCACGUGGUGGUGGCCAUGUCGCCGAUCGGCGACAAUUUCCGGGUCAGGAUUCGCAAGUUCCCAGCGCUCGUCAAUUGCUGCACCAUCGACUGGUUGCAGCCCUGGCCGGAGGACGCGCUGCUCGCCGUGGCUACCAAGUUUUUGGGCAACAUCGAGCUCUCCUCGCGCGAGAGAUCGGCCUGCAUAGAGAUGUGCCAGACCUUCCACACGUCCACUCAGGAUCUGUCGAAGGAGUUUUACCAAAGAGCCAAGAGGCACAACUACGUCACGCCGACUUCGUACCUCGAGUUGAUCGGCACCUUCGACAAAAUUCUGGAGCAGAAGCGAAGGGAAGUCAGAGAGAGCAAGAAGAGGUACGAGGCCGGCUUGGAGUCCCUCGACAACGCCCACGUGCAAGUCGGCAAAAUGCAGGAGACUCUGAUCGCGCUGCAGCCGAAGCUGAUCGAGGCCACGAGAGACGUUGAGAAGGUACUGGCUAGCAUCGAGAAGGAGAGCUCCGAAGUCGCCGAGAUCGAGAAAGUGGUGAAGAAGGACGAGGAGGCCGCGAUGGCCGUAGCCGAGGCGGCGGAAGCCAUCAAGGCUGAAUGCAACGCUGAUUUGAAACAAGUUCUGCCGAUACUGAAUGCGGCUAACGACGCCCUGAAUACACUCACUCCCCAGGACGUGCAGAUCGUCAAGACGAUGAAGAAUCCUCCGGCGGGCGUCAAGCUCGUUAUGGAGGCCAUUUGCAUCCUGAAGGACGUCAAACCCGACCGAGUCCCCGGGGAAGGCGGUCGAAUGGUCGACGACUACUGGAAGCCGUCCCUGCGCAUCCUGGGCGACAUCAAGUUCCUCGAGGGUCUUCUCGCCUUCGACAAGGACAACAUCCCCGAGCGCAUAAUCGCGAAGAUCCGCUCCAGCAUCCUGACGAACCCCAACUUCGACCCCGACAAGAUCCGCAACGCCUCGACGGCCUGCGAGGGCCUCUGCAAGUGGGUGAUCGCCCUGUCGGAGUACGACAAGGUGGCCAAGGUCGUGGCUCCGAAGAAGGUGGCUCUGCUGAAGGCCAAGGCCAGCUACGCCUACGCCAUAGCCGGGGUCGAGGUGAAGCGAGCCAAGCUGCGGGACGUGCAGGAGAAGGUGGCCAAGCUCGAGAAGCUCCUGGCGGUGCGCAAGGCCGAGCACCAGCAGAUGACCGACGAGGUGGCCGAGUGCCAGCAGAAGCUCCGGCGCGCCGAGGAGCUCAUCGGUGGCUUGGGAGGAGAGCACACUCGAUGGUCAGAGAUCGUCGAGGAGCUGGGCGAGCGCUACGACAAGCUCACGGGCGACGUGCUCGUGAGCGCGGCUGUCGUCGCCUACUUGGGAGUCUUCACCGCCUCCUACAGGCAGAAGCAGCUGGACAGGUGGACGGCCGACUGCACGAGGCUGGGCCUCGUCUGCAGCCGGGACUUUCAGCUGAGCCACGUGCUCGGCGACCCGGUGCUCAUCCGCUCCUGGACGAUCUUCGGCCUGCCGAGCGACCUGUUCUCCAUCGACAACGGCAUCAUCGUCAGCCACUCGAGACGCUGGCCCCUGAUGAUCGACCCCCAGGGCCAGGCCAACAAGUGGCUGAAGAACCUCGAGAAGGCCGCGAACGUCCACGUGGUCAGGCUCUCCCAGCCUGACUACAUGAGGAUACUGGAGAACGCUAUCCAGUUCGGCCAGCCCGUGCUCAUGGAGAACGUCGGCGAGGAGCUCGACGCAGCGCUGGAGCCGCUGCUGCUCAGGCAGACCUUCAGGUCCGGCGGGGCCGUGUGCAUCAAGCUCGGGGACUCGAGCGUCGAGUACAACGACAAAUUCAGGUUUUACAUAACGACGAAGCUGAGAAACCCGCACUACUUGCCAGAGGUCGCGGUGAAGGUAACCCUGCUGAACUUCAUGAUCACGCCGACGGGCUUGGAGGACCAGCUUCUGGGAAUAGUCGUCGCCAAGGAGCGUCCGGACUUGGAGAGCGAGAAGAACCAGCUGAUCGUCCAGGGAGCCGAGAACAAGAAGACGCUGAAGGAGAUCGAGGACAAGAUCCUCGAGGUUCUGUCGGAGUCUGAUGAAAACAUAUUGGAAGAUCAAACUGCAAUUAGCGUGUUAAGCUCUUCGAAGACGCUCGCUAACGAAAUUCAGGCGAAGCAGGCUGCGGCGGAAAUUACGGAGAAGUCCAUCGACGAGACGAGAUUGCAGUACACAUCGAUCGCCAGCUACAGCACCGUCCUGUUUUUCACCAUCGCUACGUUGGCGAACAUCGACCCGAUGUACCAGUACUCGCUCGCCUGGUUCGUCAACCUCUUCAAAACGACGAUCGAUAACACGCCGCCCGUCGACGACAUAGGCCAACGCCUCGAUGAUUUGCGAAAGUCUUUCACCUACUCGCUCUACGUGAACAUCUGCCGUUCGCUCUUCGAGAAAGACAAGCUGCUCUUCUCCCUCAUUCUCGUCGUCAAUUUGCUCAACAAGCAGGGAAAAAUGCCGAGCUCCCAGUGGAUGUUUUUCCUCACCGGCGGCGUCGGCCUCGAAAAUCCUCAUCCCAAUCCCGCCAAAUGGCUCCCUGUCAAGUCCUGGGAUGAAAUCUGCCGUUUGAACGACGUUCCUGGCUUCGAGGGAGUGAAAGCGGCGUUCGAGAAGAACUCGGAGAGUUGGAAAGUGAUUUUCGACCACAAGGAGCCUCAGAGCCUGGAUUUCCCGGCGCCGUUCGACAAGCUCUCGCGUUUCGAGAAGUUGCUCGCCCUUCGAUGUCUGCGCUACGACAAGCUCGUCCCCGCCCUUCAGAGCUUCAUAGAAGCGGAGAUGGGUCGGGAGUACGUGGAGCCACCGCCGUUCGAUCUGUCCUCCUCGUACGCCGACUCGCACUGCUGCGCGCCGCUGAUAUUCGUCCUGACACCCGGUGCCGACCCCACGGCUAUACUGCUCAAGUUCGCCGACGACCAGGGCUUCGGUCAGAACAGGCUGAACUCGCUGUCCCUCGGCCAGGGGCAGGGCCCGAUAGCCGUUCGGCUGAUCGAGGAGGCCGCGAAGAACGGCACCUGGGUCGUGCUGCAGAACUGCCACUUGGCCAACAGCUGGAUGGGCACUUUGGAGAAGAUCUGCGAGAGCUUCACGCCGGACACGGUGCACCCGGACUUCCGACUCUGGCUGACGAGCUAUCCCUCCGAGUACUUCCCGGUGAGCGUUCUGCAGAACGGCGUGAAGAUGACGAACGAGCCGCCGACCGGCUUGCGAUCGAACAUGAUCCGGUCGUACCUGCAGGACCCCAUAUGCGACCCGGAAUUCUUCGAGGCUCCGAAACAGAGGUCCAACUUUAAGAAGCUCCUCUUCUCCCUCUGCUUCUUCCACGCGAUCGUGCAGGAGCGUCGAAAAUUCGGGCCAAUCGGCUGGAAUAACCGGUACGAGUUCAACGAGACCGAUCUCCGCAUCAGCGCUCUCCAACUGAGGAUCUUCCUCGGCCAGUACGAGGACGUUCAAUUCGAGGCGCUGAAGUAUCUCACAGGCGAGUGCAAUUACGGCGGCCGCGUGACGGACGAGUGGGACCGGCGCUGCUUGAACACGAUCCUGGCGAGGUACUACCGGGAGCCGGUGAUAGCCAGGGAGGAGUGUCCCCUGGACGAGAGCGGCCUGUACCGCGUGCCCCGAGCCGAUGACCACGCCCAGUUCUUGGAGUACGUGAGGUCGCUGCCGAUGCUGGCUGGGCCUCGGGUCUUCGGCAUGGCCGACAACGCCGAUAUCGUCAAGGACCAGCAGGAGACCGAGCUGAUGCUCGGCUCGAUACUGCUCACCCAAGAUACCGAGUCGUCGGGCUUGGAGAGCGGAAAGUCCCCCGACGAGGUCGUCUACUCGAUAUCCGGGGACAUACUGUCGAAGCUGCCGCAGGACUACGACUUGGUCCAGGCCAUCGCCAAGUACCCGACCUCCUACGAGCAGAGCAUGAACACGGUCCUCGUGCAAGAAAUGGGCCGGUUCAACAAGCUCCUGCAGACCAUCAGGAGCAGCCUCGUGAACGUGCAAAAAGCCAUCAAAGGUCUGGUGGUGAUGGACGCCGAGCUCGAGGAGGUCUUCGCGUCGAUAAUCACCGGCAGGAUACCAGCGCUCUGGCGGAAGGUCUCGUAUCCGUCGCUCAAGCCCCUCGGAAGCUACAUUCAGGACUUUUUGCGUCGCCUCAACUUUCUCCAGACGUGGUACGAGGAGGGUCCGCCGACGUCCUUCUGGAUAUCCGGCUUCUACUUCACGCAAGCCUUCCUCACUGGAGCCCGGCAGAACUACGCGCGCAAACAUUCCAUCCCGAUCGAUCUGCUGGUCUACGACUUCGUGCCGCUUAAGGAGAGGAGCUUCUCGGGGCCGCCCGAGGACGGGGUCUACAUCUACGGGCUCUUCCUCGACGGCGCGAGGUUCAACAUGCGCACGAUGAUGCUCGACGAGUCCCUGCCCAAGGUCCUGCAGGAGAGCAUGCCCCACCUGUGGCUGGUACCGAUGCGCAAGGAGGAGGUGCAGCCGCGUCCGUCGUACACCUGUCCGGUCUACAAGACGAGCGAGCGUCGGGGCGUGCUGUCGACGACGGGUCACUCGACCAACUUCGUCAUCGCCAUGCAGUUACCAACAGACAAGCCGGCCGAGCACUGGAUACAGCGGGGCGUUGCCAUGCUCUGCCAGUUGUCGCAGUAGCUAUCGACGCCUAUUUUAUCGACGACCACGCGGCUCAUCUUGUUUUUUUAUACUGCUGUUUUUAAUAAUAAAAAAAAAAAGAAAAAAAAGAAAAGAAAGGAA